AUGGCGCCGUAUGUACCUCCUCAAGAGCCUUCGUCUUACCGAGAUGAUCCAGAAAGACAACCGCUGAGCGAUGAUGACAACGAAGAUGCUCAAACCACACGAGAUUUGCAUUUCCGUUCGUCUUCUGAAACUUCAGAACAUGGACUGCCUGUACCUGCUUGGCUGAGACCGAAUGCGAAAUCGUCUGGGUUGGGCUGGGUGCCACAGCCUCUAAAGAGAGCAGGUAAGGCAGUCGCGACCUGGGUCAAAGGGCCGCAACCUCCGCGCGAGCUCAGAAUUGAGCCACUCCUUCCGAGAGUACAAGAAAUACCAAUAAGACUGCUCGAUCGUUAUGUGCCGAAGCGAAAACACAGAGCAUGCCUCCUCAUAGCCUUCUUGUCAGUAUGGUUCACGAUAUGGUCAGUCAUGCUCAAACACAAGGCUGGCACGGGUGAAAUAAAGGGCUACGGCAAGCCUUCAAACAUCUGGUGUGGUGCAACGUGGUGGGAAGGCGGUAACAGAUGUGGUCUUAAUGGGAACAAUUGUCGUCCUUUCUCGAAUCAAUACCUCGCCUUUCGGUGUCCUGCCAAUUGUGGUGAAGCGCUACAGUACAACAGAUACGUUGUGGGCAACGAGACCAUUCAAUUCGAGCAGCAGGUGAUCGGUGGGCCGAAGAAGAGUGAUCCUGAUUCCCCAGCCGUCUAUCGUGCCGACAGCUUCAUAUGCCAGGCAGCUAUUCAUGCAGGCGCGAUAUCCAACGACGGCGGCUGUGGUGUCGCAUUGCUUGUUGGGUCAGACUCACACUACGAGGCAUCUGAACGGCACGGCAUCAAGAGUCACGGCUUUCCCUCAGAUUUCCCACGGUCCUUCAUGUUCCCAGAGCUGAAAGAGAGCCAGAAACAAUGUCCUUCCGGCUCACGUUGGGACAUCUUCGCCGUCACUGCUGUUGCUCUGGUGAUCCUUGGUCUGUUCACAACUUCACCUGCAGUGUUCUUCUGGGGCACGUUCAUUGUCCUUAUGUUCCAUGUUGGGCUUGUCUCCGAUCCACCAAACCAACCUGAUUUCUAUGAGCUGCUCAGCACCCUCAUGUCUCGAUUGCUGCCGGCCUCGUUCGUCGCUGCGAUCAUGUACAGAUGGUGUGCAAGACCUCUUCUGACCGAUCUUACUGCUCAGGUCGAGAAAGUCGUACUCUAUCUUGGUUUCUGCUUUUUGGGUGCCCUAAACAACUAUACUUUUGCUCCUCUGAUACCUAUUGGAAGACUUACACCUCACGAUCUGGCACAACCUGGAGCCGGCUUCGCUCUUGCUAUUAUUGUUGCAAUCGUCCUCGUCAUUAUCAUUACACAAAUUCAUUGGAUACGUAUAUCUGGCAACCUUCCACGAUACCUGGCUGUAUAUGGACUGAUGGCUUUGACUUUGAUUAUUCUCGUAUCUUUACCUGGCUUGCGACUGCGUAUACAUCACUACAUUCUCGGUAUGAUAUUCAUGCCAGGUACUGCCUUUAGGGUACGACCCAGUCUGGCUUAUCAGGGUCUGCUACUCGGUUUUUUCAUUAACGGUGUGGCUAGAUGGGGAUUUGCUUCCAUAGUGGAGACACCUGCUUCUCUUGGUGAAGGUCCUAAUGGUCAUGGCGGAUCAUCCUGGUGGGGAGCAACCUCGCCCAAUAUCACGGCGAGCAUUGGUCGUGAUGGUGAAGUGAUUACUUUCAAUUGGGAUCAUUUGCCAGCAGAUACUGGCAUCGAUGGUGUUAGCAUCUUGAUCAAUGAUGUUGAACGGUGGCGUGGCUAUCUAGACAACGAGCUCUUCUAUGAGCCGGAUCAGGUCACAAUGACUCGAAGGUGGCGGACGAAGAAUGAGACGGAAUUUUAUAGAUUUGCUUGGAUGAACGGAAACAAUGCUGGCAGGUAUACCAGGCCAGCUAUAUGGGAUGCAAACGGCACAUGGCACGAUGCACCUAGGGUACGAGGACAAUAG